AUGUUCGCCGCUCGCCAGUCCUUCAACUCUCUCUUCCAGAAGCGCGCCUUCUCGGCCUCCGCCCGUGCGGCCUCCAAGGUCACCGUCCUCGGUGCUGGUGGUGGUAUUGGCCAGCCUCUGUCGCUGCUGCUGAAGCUUAACCCCCGCGUCACUGAGCUCGCCCUUUACGAUAUCCGCGGUGGACCCGGUGUUGCUGCUGAUCUGAGCCACAUCAACACCAACAGCACCGUCACCGGCUACAACCCCGAUGCCGCCGGUCUGGCUGAUGCCCUCAAGGGCUCUGAGAUCAUCCUGAUCCCUGCUGGUGUUCCUCGCAAGCCCGGUAUGACCCGUGACGACCUCUUCAACACCAAUGCCUCGAUCGUCAACUCCACCGUCCCUAUUGUUUCCGAGGUUUACAAGGCCCGUGGUGUCUACAACCCCAAGCGUCUGUUCGGUGUCACCACCCUGGACGUUGUCCGUGCUUCUCGCUUCAUCUCCCAGGUCCAGAAGACCGACCCCUCCAACGAGAAGGUCCCCGUUGUCGGUGGUCACUCUGGUGUCACCAUCGUCCCUCUGCUCUCCCAGUCCGGCCACCCCUCCAUCGCUGGUGAGGCCCGUGACGCCCUUGUCAACCGUAUCCAGUUCGGUGGUGACGAGGUUGUCAAGGCCAAGGACGGUGCUGGCUCUGCCACCCUCUCCAUGGCCAUGGCCGGUGCCCGCUUCGCUGAGUCUCUUCUGCGUGCCGCCCAGGGCGAGAAGGGUGUCAUCGAGCCUACCUUUGUCGACUCUCCUCUCUACAAGGACCAGGGUGUUGACUUCUUCGCUUCCCGCGUCGAGCUUGGCCCCAACGGUGUUGAGAAGAUCCACCCCGUCGGCCAGGUCAACGAGUACGAGCAGAAGCUUCUCGAUGCCGCUCUCGUUGACCUCAAGAAGAACAUCCAGAAGGGUGUUGACUUCGUCAAGGCCAACCCUUAA